AUGGCCGAACUCCCCCCGCUGUUCAAGCAGCGUUUCGACGAAACCAAAGUUUCGUAUGCGCAACUAGGCUCGUCUGGGCUGCGCGUCUCAGUGCCCAUCCUGGGCGGCAUGUCCUUUGGCCACAAGGACUGGCGCGCCUGGCUCGAAGACGACGAAGAAAAAGUCGGCAAGUUGCUCAAGGGCGCAUACGACCGGGGCCUCAACACCUGGGACACAGCCAACGCUUAUUCGGGGGGAGUCAGUGAGGAGAUGAUCGGGCGAGCGAUCCGGAAAUUCGAGAUUCCGCGGCAUAAGCUGGUGCUCAUGACCAAAUGCUACUUUCCGGCCGUGGAGCAGCCAGCGGUGCGGUACUUGUCGUAUCCAGAGCAUUUUACGGGGCAUAAGGACUAUGUCAAUCAGUAUGGGCUGUCGCGCGCGGCCAUUUUUAAUGCGGUGAAUGCGUCGCUGGAGCGGCUGCAGACGGACUAUAUCGAUCUUCUUCAAAUCCACCGUUUCGACUAUACCGUCCCGCCCGAGGAGACAAUGAAAGCCCUGCACGAUCUGGUCGAGUCCGGAAAGGUGCGAUAUAUCGGCGCCAGUUCGAUGUGGACAUACCAAUUUGCUCAAUUGCAGUUCAUCGCCGAGAAGCGCGGGUGGACCAAGUUCAUCAGCAUGCAAAACCACUACUCCCUGCUAUACCGCGAAGAAGAGCGCGAGAUGAACAAGUUCUGCGAUGAGACUGGGGUCGGCCGGAUUCCCUGGGGCCCUCUCAACAGCGGCAUUCUGGCACGCCCACUGUCACAACAGGGCAAGACGGACCGAUGGCAGGAGUCCAAGAGGGAGUUUAGUGCGGCGGACCAGGAGAUUGUGCGUCGCGUCGAGGAAGUUGCCGGUAAAAAGGGCUGGACGAUGAGUCAGGUGGCGCUGGCGUGGAUUAUUCAAAAGAAGACGACCCCGAUUGUCGGGUUCAGCAGCCUGGAGCGACUGGAUGAGGCGGUCGAGGUCAAGGGCAAGACGCUGACAGAGGACGAGGUCAGGUAUCUCGAGGAGCCGUACCAGCCCAAGCCUAUCCAGGGACACAAAUAA